UUGGUUGUUGUUCUACUACACUGUGAUGGGGGGCACUAGCUCUAACAGGAGGCCUCCCUCCCCUACACCCACCCAUGUGUCCAUGAAGAGUGAUAAGUCCAUGGAUCGACCAAUCACCUUUACAGGAGGAGACUCUUCUACUGGACAGAUGGGGGGCACUAGCUCUAACAGGAGGCCUCCCUCCCCCACGAAGAGUGAUAAGUCCAUGGAUCGACCAAUCACCUUUACAGGAGGAGACUCUUCUACUGGACAGAUGGGGGGCACUAGCUCUAACAGGAGGCCUCCCUCCCCCACACCCACCCGUGUGUCCAUGAAGAGUGAUAAGUCCAUGGAUCGACCAAUCACCUUUACAGGAGGAGACUCUUCUACUGGACAAUUUCAGCAGAUCCACAAAUCACACCUACAGAAGAAGUUUCAGCGUCUGAUUGAGGGAAUCUCACAGCAGGGAGACACCAGACUCCUCAAUGAGAUCUACACAGACCUCUACAUCACAGAGGGGGGGAGAGGAGAGGUCAAUGAUGAACAUGAGGUCAAACAGAUAGAGAGGGCAUCCUGGAGAGAAGCAGCACAAGGCAGACCCAUCAAACCCAGUGACAUCUUUAAACCCUUAUUUGGACAAUCCAAACCCAUCAGAACAGUGCUGACAAAGGGAGUGGCUGGCAUUGGGAAAACAGUCUCAGUGCAGAAGUUCAGUCUGGAUUGGGCUGAAGGAACAGCCAAUCAAAAUGUCCACCUCGUAUUUCCUCUUCUUUUCCGAGAGCUGAACCUGAUGAAGGAGAAGAAACUCAGUCUGAUGGAUCUUAUUCAGCACUUUUUCCCAGAAAUCAAAGAUCCCAAAGUCUUCUCCAGUUCAAAGCACAGAGUCAUGUUCAUCUUUGAUGGUCUGGAUGAGUUUCGACUUCCUCUAGAUUUCCACUCCAAGCAGAAGUGUCGUGAUGUUACAAAGCCAGCUUCAGUGGACGUGCUGCUGACAAACCUCAUCAAGGGGAAGUUGCUUCCUUCUGCUCUCCUCUGGAUCACCACCCGACCAGCAGCAGCCAAUCAGAUCCCUCCUCAGUAUGUGCACCAAGUGACAGAAAUAAGGGGAUUCAAUGACCCACAGAAAGAGGAGUACUUCAAGAAGAGAAUCAGUGAUGAGAACCUGGCCAGCAAAACCGUCACACACCUGAAGUCAUCCAGGAGCCUCUACAUCAUGUGCCACAUUCCAGUCUUCUGCUGGAUUUCAGCCACCGUUGUACAGAAAACAUCAAAAGAAUCAGACAAAGUAGAAAUGCCAAGGACUCUGACUCAAAUGUACACACACUUCCUGGUCACUCAGACAAACAUUAAACAUGUCAAGUACCCAGAGAGGAAAGAGACAGAUGAAGAGGUGAUUUCCAAACUGGGGAAACUGGCUUUCCAACAGCUGGAGAAAGGCAAUCUGAUCUUCUAUGAGGAAGACCUGAGAGAGUGUGGCAUUGAUGUCACAGAAGCAUCAGUGUACUCAGGAGUGUGUACUCAGAUCUUCAGAGAGGAGGCUGGGCUGUACCAGGGGAAGGUGUUCAGCUUUGUGCAUCUGAGCAUCCAGGAGUUUCUUGCAGCUCUGUAUGUGUUCCUCUGCUUCAGCAACAGACAGAGAAACAUGCCUGACCAACAGCAAACAUUUCAGCUCUCUGCUCUGUUCACAGCUGCAACAGUUUAUGACCUACACAAGACUGCAGUGGACCUGGCCUUACAGAGUAAGAAUGGACACCUGGACCUUUUCCUCCGCUUCCUUCUGGGCCUCUCGCUGGAGUCCAAUCAGAAUCUCUUAAAGCACCUACUGCCACAGAAGAGCAGCCAAUCAUAUAGCUCAGAGCAAACAAUCCAGUAUGUCAAACAGAAGAUCAGAGAUCAGAGUAGCUCAGACAGAAGGAUCAACCUGUUCUACUGUUUGAAUGAGCUGAAAGACAUUGCAGUAGUGGAGGAGAAAAGCAGUUCAGGAACUCUGUAUGUAAACAUGCUCUCACCAGGAAAGUGGGGGACUCAGAGAUUUGAGUUUCAUAUUUCAGAAGAGCAGCUGGCUGAGUUUGACCUGCAGAAGUAUCUUAAGACACCAGAGGAAGAUCAGACUGAACAUCUCAGUCCAGAUGAAGUUCUUCAGAAGCUGCUGCCAGCAGUCACAACAUCCACAUCCACUAAACUGGCACAGUGUGAUCUCAGAGGAGAUUCCUAUGAGGACAUAUCAUCAGUUCUCCAGUCAGAAAACUCACUGCUGAGAGAGUUGGACCUGAGCUGGAAUCCCCUGAAGGAUUCUGGAGUGGAGCUGCUGUCUGCUGGACUGAAGCACACUAACUGCAGACUGCACACACUGAGGCUGAAUAGCUGUAUUCUGACCUAUAAGAGCUGUUCCUAUCUGGCCUCUGUACUGAAGACAUCACACUCAUCAAAUCUCAGAUGGCUGGGCCUGUGUGGCAAUGAGCUGCUGGACUCAGGAGUGGAACUUUUAUGUUCUGCUAUUUGUCAUCACAACUGCAAACUGGAGACACUAGAGCUGAUUAAAUGUAAUCUGACUAAUAAGAGCUGUUCCUAUCUGGCCUCUGCACUUAAGUCUCCCUCCUCAAAUAUCACAAUGCUGGACCUGAUGGUCAAUCCCUGGAUUAGUGCAUCAGCUCUAGAACCGCUCUUUGCUCUAGUGACAGACCGACGCUGUAAACUGAGGUAUCUAAGAACUUAUCAUAGAAAAAAACUCAGGUGAAGUGUUGAGCCACGGCCCUGAGCUGGAUGGGGUCUGUGGGGCAGGAACUCUUGACAUAAGGGAUGUGAUCCCACACACACACACACACACACACACACACACACACACACACACACACACACACACACACACACACACACACAACUGAGGAGAACUCAACAAACACAUACACACACACACACACCAGAAAAUAUCUGGGGAGAAACAGCCUUUAACUGAGGAAAGCUCAGCACACACACACACACACACACACACACACACACACACACACCAGAAAAUAUCUGGGGAGAAACAGCCUCUAACUGAGGAGAGCUUAGCACACACACACACACACACACACACACACACACACACACACACACACGCACACACACAUCCACCCAACCACACACAUACACACACACACACACACACACA